GAAAAGAGGUAAAAAAAAAAGAGAGAGGGAGGAACUCCUUCGUCUGGGAUAACUUAGUCAAACUGCCUCUUUAACACACACACACACACACUCUGAACACACACUCUGCAGCGGCUUCACCCCGGGAACAAGGAUCCUCCUGCAAGCCAGAGUUUUCCUUCUCCGCUUUUCCAUCAUCCAUUCAUCACAUCCGAGAGUUUUUUCUUCUUCUUCUUGUUUUGUUUUCUUCUUUCUUUCUUUCUUGUGACGCCUCCACAUUUUCCAGCCAUCUGUCCCUGACAAAAAAGAUAAGGAUUACUCAUUUUCUCUCUCGGCGUUGUGUUUUUUUUUUUUCUCUCUUUUUUUGUCCUCGUCUCCCUCUCGUUUCUUUACAGCUUUUUUUUUUCCCCUCCGUUUUUUCGCAGGUGGACUGUGAGCUGAGCUGAACUUUGCAGCUUCCAAACUUCUGAGGAGAGAACGAGACACACAGAGAGAGAGAGAGAGAGGAGAAAGACAAAGACAAUAAGAAAGAGAGAAGGCAGAGGAAGGUGAAUUUCAAACAGAAGAAACACUUUUCUUUCUUCAACCAGGACUCAAUUUUUGUUCAAACACAAACCAAAAGUUGACUUUUCUUCAUCUUUUCUGUCUCCGUCUUUGAUUCUGCAUCCGGCAGCAUCACUAAAUCCGACCCAGCAGCCAAUCAGGCAACUCCUGCCACCAUGUCUGUCUUACCUCUGCUGAGCUGGACCGUCCUGCUCCUGGUCCAGAGCUGCGGCUCCUCCUCAGACCCGGCGUCCAGACCUCUGUCACUGACCGUCCAUCCUCACCACCAGCCGCUGCCGGACGUCGCCUCCAGCUCCCACUGCCCCUCCUGCGCCCUGGCCAGGAUGAGGAGAAACGAAGGGGACGCGGACGACGUGGCGGGACACGACCGGGAGGAGGAGGCUCAGCAGGACGUGGUGGAGGCGGUGAAGAGGCACAUCCUCAACAUGCUGCACCUCCAGGCCCGGCCCAACAUCACCCGGCCCGUGCCACGCGCCGCGCUCCUCAACGCCCUGCGCAAGCUCCACGUGGGGCGAGUGGCAGAGGACGGCAGCGUGCAGAUCGAGGGGGAGGAGGAGACGCGAGGGCGGGGAGGCCGGGGAGAAGGAGGGGGAGGAGCAGCGGCGGCUCGUGUGGCAGACAGCGGCGACGCGCAGGAGACAACGGAGAUCAUCACCUUCGCCGAGGCUGGUGAGUCUCAGGGCAUGGUGAACUUCGUCCUGUCUAAAGAGGGCGGUGACCUCUCUCUGGUGGAGCAGGCUAACGUCUGGCUCUUCCUCCGCUUGGCCAAGACCAAUCGCAGCCGAGCCAAAGUCACCAUCCGCCUCUUCCAGCACCGGCAGCUCGCCAACGGCCGCCCGCCGCAGGACGACAUCCUCCUGGCGGAGAAGACCGUGGACACCCGUCGCAGCGGGUGGCACACCUUCCCGGUGUCGGCGGCGGUGCAGGCGCUGCUGGAGAGCACGGAGAGCACAACGCUGAGCCUCAGGGUGUCCUGCCCACUCUGCGCCGAUGCCGGGGCAACGCUCGUCCUGGUGUCCGGCGGCUCGGAGACGUCGACGCGCGCCAACCAGCGGGAACAAUCCCACCGGCCCUUCCUCAUGGCUGUGGUCCGGCCGGAGGAUAGCGGCGACUCUCGGCGGCGCAGGAAGCGCGGGCUGGAGUGUGACGGGAAGGUCCGCGUCUGCUGCAAACGGCAGUUCUACGUCAACUUCAAAGACAUUGGCUGGAACGACUGGAUAAUCGCGCCGCCCGGUUAUCACGCCAACUACUGCGAGGGGGAGUGCCCCUCCCACGUGGCGAGCAUCACCGGGUCCACGUUGUCCUUCCACUCCACCGUCAUCAGCCACUACCGCAUGAGGGGCUACAGCCCCUUCCAGAACCUGAGGUCGUGCUGCGUGCCCACCCGGCUACGAGCCAUGUCCAUGCUCUACUACAACGAGGAGCAAAAGAUCAUCAAGAAGGACAUCCAGAACAUGAUCGUGGAGGAGUGCGGCUGCUCGUAAGACCGGGUCAGGAGAGGAGGAGGACUUCUGAACCCAGAGAGGGCGAGAAACGGGGAGGAGACGGAGGGAGGAGGGAAAGAUGAACAAGUGACUUCAUGAUCGCCGUCACUUCUUUUUCCACAGCGCUUCGUCACUCCGUCACUCGGGGCGCUCUCUGGGAAUAAAAACUCUUCUCCGUCCUCAUCCAGCAGAACUCAGAAAGAGUCUCGACGGCACUUUCAGAAAAAAAAAAGAAAGAAAAGAUAGAAAAAAAAAAGAAUAUCUAAUAUAUUUUUGUUACAAAAGGAGGGAGCGAGGCUUAUUUAUGUGGCUGAGAUGUAGAAGCACCACUCCACCUGUCAGAUCUUGGAGAGACCAGGUGCCUAAAAAACUACUAGAUCUCAAAACUAUGCAACUUGUUUCACGUAUUACGAUCUUUUUACUUUGUCCUGGGUUUUGUUGUUUGUUUCCCAACUGUUUACUUUUUUCAAAAAGUACAAGGAAGAAAGAAGAAGACUCUUUUGUAUUAUUUUUGGAAGUACACAUUUGUGAUGUGUGUGUGUGUGUUUGUCCAUUCAAGUGUGCAUAUAUGUACGUUUGUGUGUGUGUGUGUGUGUGUGUGUUGAGAGAUACUUGAAGGAAACAAGUUGGCCGGCUGCUGGAACCAAACACUUCUUUAUAUGUUACCAUCGUUACCAUGUCGAUGUUAUAAUUAUUAUUGUCAGUAAGUAUAUUAAUAAUAUUAUUGUUAUUGUUGAUAAUAUUUUUAUGUGGCUGCAUUUGUGUUAUUAUGUCUGUUAUUUCUUUUCUUUUUUUAAAGAAACGUUACAAACGUUUUCAUGUUUUGCACUAUAGCGACACUCGUGCUCAGAUUAGCCAGACUGAAGAGACCCUCAGAGAGACGGGAGCUUCCUGUCCGGGGUAGAGAUCUGAAAGGUUGGAUCCCCACAGUAGGCCAGGUGUAGGUCAAACAUCGUCAUACGUUGAGUGCAGAGUCUUGGAAAACACAAAAUGUCUGUUGGUUUCUGAAAGAUUCAAAGACUGAAUUUCAUGUUUACCGCUCUCUCUAAUCCUAAACUGGGUAAAGGUUAAAAACAAGUAGCUGCAGUCAAGCUAACACACAAGCUAAGUAUUAGGGCUGUAGCCAGGAUUACUGAGACACACUAUUUGUAUUUUUCAUGUUUUGCUAAAAUGUGUUUAACUGUUUAAUCACAAUUGUGCAUUUUAUUUCCAACAUGGAGGUCUAAACGUUUUGUCAAAGCCUUCUCCAAACUGCAAGAAAUAACAAUCUGACUGGCAGAAAUGCUGCAUAUUUAUUUGAUGUUUCCAAUAAAAAUACAGAGUACUCGA